GAAUUUAAUUAAAAUAUUAACGUUUACUUUGUGUACGAUAUCCACCUAUGAGAUUUGUGAAGGUGUCACGUGCCCGGACAAGACAUGGACACCACAGGGCAACAACUGUUACCGAAACAUACCGUACGCUGUGGCCAAUGAGGCCUCGGCCAAGAGCAAGUGCGCGGCAAUGGCCAUGGGUGCGGUGCCGGUCACUAUUCACAGCGCCACCGACAACAGGGAUUUGAAUUAUUUUCAUUACGCCAGUCCUGACACCAGCUUUUACAUAGGGCUAGAAUAUGAUAAAUUUGCC